CCCGCGAAGUGCUAGGGCCUCUUGCGCGGUCUCAACUGCUCGUUCACCCCUGCUCCACUGCACCAUGGCGUUCGUGACCAGGCAGUUCGUGCGCUCCAUGUCCUCCUCCUCCGCGGCCGCUGCAGCCAAGAAGAUCCUAAUCAAGCAUGUGACGGUCAUCGGCGGAGGGCUGAUGGGGGCGGGCAUCGCGCAGGUGGCCGCAGCAACUGGCCAUACAGUAGUCUUGGUGGACCAAACAGAGGACAUCCUGGCAAAAUCCAUGAAGGGAAUUGAGGACAGUCUGAAAAGAAUGGCAAAGAAGAAGUUCGCAGAAAACCCUAAGGCUGGCGACGAGUUCAUAGCGAAGACCCUGAGCUGCCUCACCACCAGCACCGACGCCGCCUCCAUCGUGCACAGCACGGACCUGGUGGUGGAGGCUGUCGUGGAGAAUCUGAAGUUGAAGAAUGAGCUGUUCCAGCGGCUGGACAAGUUCGCUGCCGAACACACCAUCUUUGCCAGCAACACCUCAUCUCUGCAGAUCACAAGCAUGGCCAAUGCCACUACCCGGCAAGACCGCUUUGCUGGCCUCCAUUUCUUCAACCCGGUCCCCAUGAUGAAGCUUGUGGAGGUCAUUAAAACACCGAUGACUAGCCAGAAGACUUUUGAAUCUCUGAUCGACUUUUGUAAAACCUUAGGAAAGCAUCCUGUUUCUUGCAAGGACACUCCUGGAUUUAUCGUGAACCGUCUCCUGGUGCCGUACCUCAUAGAAGCCGUCAGGCUGCACGAGCGAGGUGAUGCGUCUAAGGAGGACAUUGAUACGGCGAUGAAGCUGGGAGCUGGCUACCCCAUGGGGCCAUUUGAACUUCUUGACUACGUUGGCCUGGAUACUACUAAGUUCAUCUUGGAUGGGUGGCAUGAAAUGGACCCAGCGAACCCCCUGUUUCAGCCCAGUUCUUCCAUGAACAAUCUGGUGGCCCAGAAGAAGAUGGGCAAGAAGAGCGGAGAAGGAUUUUACAAAUACAAGUGAUGCUUCAGGAGUCCCUCGGCAGCACCCCCAGCCAGCCACGGGACAAGGACGAGCGCACUCUGGGCGGUGGUCUCAAGGCUCGCCAUGGGCUGCUCAAUGGGCCCUCCCUUGCAGUCUCUUUGAAGUAAUCCUUUGACUAGUUGCAGUAAUAAGAUUCCUCCACUGAGA